AUGAGACCAUUGGAAUAUUAUGACGUUUCUAUUGAAACGGGCUUUUUGCCAUCUACACCACCUCUUCGUAGAUUACCUGAUGCUUAUUUUGAACCUUGGGAGGAUAUGAUGGAAGACUAUAAUGGAUUGCUUUUGGCUGGUAAAUUAAGAGAGAAGAUCCAUAAGAUGCCUUUAUUGGAUCACAAACGAUUAAAAUCUGUUGAGGAAUAUAGAAGAGCAUUUUUGAUCCUCUGUAUGGUUUCGCAUAGUUAUGUUUGGGGUAAACAUGAACCUGCAUCAGAGACACUUCCGUCUAAUUUAGCAAUUCCUUGGACUGCUAUAGCAGGCCAUCUUGGUCUUUGUCCCGUGGUCUGUCACGCAGCUGUGGUGCUCUGGAACUAUCGAUUACUAGAUCGUGAUGGCCCUACCGAUUUAAGUAAUCUAGCUGCAUUAGCCACCUACUCAGGCUCCUUGGAUGAAGCCUGGUUUUACCUUAUCACCACAGCUAUUGAAAGUUCUGGUGCUCCUUGUCUAUCACAAAUAACCCUUGCGAUUGAAAAUAUUCGCUCCGAGAACUAUGACGAUUUGCUAAGCAACUUUCAAGUGAUUAAGUCAUCCUUAGAAAAGAUGAAUAAUGAUUUAGCCCGAAUGUAUGAGAAAUGUGACCCGUACGUAUUUUAUUGGAAAAUUAGACCUUAUUUAGCAGGCUGGGAGAACAUGGCCGAAGCUGGUUUACCAUUAGGCCUUAUAUAUGAAGGUGUUGAGUCGUUUUGGUCUGCCCAAACUGAUGAAUAUGCUGAUAUGUCUCAUCUUGAUGAAGCUGAAAGACUUUUGAACCAGUAUAGACGUUACGCUGGUGGCAGCGCAGCACAAAGUAGUUUAAUUGCUGCACUUGAUGUUGCAUUUGGUGUGGAGCAUCACCGAACCGGUGAGAAGCCUUCUUUUAUCAAGGCAUCAGAAUUGCCCAAUGACCGUUAUACAAAAUUACCUGCUACCAAUCCUGCUGACGACAUUAAGAACCCAACAGAAGCAUCUCGUACACCACCUCACUUCAAACGAACAAAUAAAAAUACCUUCUUGAGAGCGAUGCGUAAAUACAUGCCUAAACCUCAUCGUGAAUUCCUUGAAGACCUGGAAGAAGCCUCCAACAUUCGACCAUUCAUGCUUUUGUUACAAGAACAACACAAGAACGGAAAUAUAUCACCACAAGAACUAUCUAUCAUUGACGCUUACAAUGACUGUUUAUUACAAAUGAAAUUGUUUCGUGACAAACAUGUACAGAUUGUUACAUUAUAUAUCGUAAAUCAGGCACGUAAAGGACCCAAUAUUCCCCAUGGUGGAUUUGCUAUUGAAAAGAAACAGGCAACGGAGCCAGAGACUGGGUUUAUUAAUGAAAAUAAGCAGGCGACCAAAGGGGAAGCUGGCCAUAAUGAACUUUAUCCCCAAACACAAUUAGAAACGGCGCCCACUAUCCGCAAAGAUUCAAAGACGGAUAAGGUUUAUCAAAAAUUUCCACAAUUAGGUCUUGCCAGAAAGCUGGAUGCCAAUGCCAAAGUUGUACGUGGAACGGGUGGAACAAAUGUGAUGCCCUUUUUGAAGCAGUCCCGUGAUGAAACUGCUGACAUGAAGAUUGUACUGGAUCCAAAGAAGGAAGAGAAGUCUUGGUCUGAUUGGGUUCUCCGUCGUUAA